UUUCCGGGGGGAAGGCUUAGGCAGUGACACCGAGCCCAGCCUCCUCCUCCACCCCCCACCACGCUCAGGCCCCCCUCCCUCCCUGCCACCACCGUCCGCGUUUGGCCGGCCGUGGGGAAGGAAGAAAGGAGCCAAGGAGGCGAGGCAUGGAUCCGCAGCCUCCUCCACCCGCCCAGGGCAGCCCACCUCACCGUGGCCGAGGCCGGGGCCGUGGCCGAGGCCGUGGUCGAGGCCGUGGCCGUGGCAGGGGGGGCGCUGGAGCCCCUAGGGCGCCCCUGCCCUGCCCCACCUGCGGCCGCCUCUUCCGUUUCCCCUACUACCUCUCCCGGCACCGGCUGAGCCACUCGGGGCUCCGGCCCCACGCCUGCCCGCUGUGCCCCAAGGCCUUCCGCCGGCCGGCCCACCUCUCCCGCCACCUGCGCGGCCACGGGCCCCAGCCCCCGCUGCGCUGCGCCGCCUGCCCCCGCACCUUCCCGGAACCCGCCCAGCUCAGGCGCCACCUGGCUCAGGAGCACGCGGGCGGCGAGGUCGAGCUGGCCAUCGAGAGGGUGGCCAAGGAGACGGCCGAGCCCAGCUGGGGCCCGCAGGACGGGGGCUCGGAGCAGCCCACCACGGCUGCGGCGGGGGCCACGGAGGAGGAGGCGGCCGCAGCGUGGCCUGAGACGUGGCCUGCGGGGGAGCCGGCCACACUGGCUGCGCCCACCAGCGCCGCGGAGCCCCGGGAGUCGGAGUCCGAGGAGGCCGAGGCCGGGGCAGCAGAGCUGAGGGCCGAGCUGGCGCUGGCGGCCGGGCGGCAGGAGGAGAAACAGGUCCUGCUCCAGGCAGACUGGACGCUGCUGUGCCUGCGCUGCCGCGAAGCCUUCGCCACCAAGGGCGAGCUCAAGGCGCACCCGUGUCUGCGCCCCGAGGGCGAACAGGAGGGUGAAGGGGGGCCCCCGCCACGCCCCAAGCGACACCAGUGCUCCAUCUGCCUCAAGGCCUUCGCCAGGCCCUGGUCCCUGUCGCGCCACCGGCUGGUCCACUCCACCGACCGCCCUUUCGUGUGUCCAGACUGCGGCCUGGCCUUCCGCCUCGCCUCCUACCUCCGCCAGCACCGCCGCGUCCACGGCCCCCUCAGCCUGCUGGCCCCGCUGCCCGCGGCGGGCAAGAAGGACGACAAGGCCUCGGGUGCACGGAACUCAGCCAGGGGGCCGGAGGGGGGCGAGGCGGCGGAGUGCGGGGGUGCCUCGGAAGGGGGAGAAGGCGGGCAGAACGGAGGCGACGCCGCCCCGGCUCGGGCCCCCGCCGGGGAGCCCCGCUUCUGGUGCCCAGAGUGCGGCAAAGGUUUCAGGCGCCGGGCGCACCUGCGGCAGCACGGGGUGACCCACUCGGGAGCGCGCCCCUUCCAGUGCGUGCGCUGCCAGCGGGAGUUCAAGCGCCUGGCCGACCUGGCGCGCCACGCACAGGUGCACGCGGGGGGCCCAGCCCCGCACCCGUGCCCCCGCUGCCCGCGCCGCUUCUCGCGCGCCUACAGCCUCCUGCGCCACCAGCGCUGCCACCGCGCAGAGCUGGAAAGGGCCGCCGCGCUGCAGGCACUGCAGGCCCAGGCCCCGACGUCGCCGCCACCGCCCCUGCCGCCCCUGAAGGCCGAGCAGGAGGAAGAAGGGCUCCCGCUCUCCCUCGCAAACAUUAAGGAAGAGCCGCCCUCUCCGGGGACCCCACCCCAGUCCCCGCCGGCUCCCCCUGUCUUCCUCAGCGCCUCCUGUUUCGACAGCCAAGACCACUCAGCCUUCGAGAUGGAGGAGGAAGAGGUAGACAGCAAGGCUCACCUGCGCGGGCUGGGGGGCCUGGCCUCCUGACCUUCGCCGCCCUGCCCUCCGCCGCUCCGCCUGAGCUCCCCGGUUUGCAGAAUGGAGGAGGGAAGUUGAAGGAGCCACCUCCUCUGACUACCCACCCGUCCCCUUCACGCCCUUGACACUAAGGAGUGGGGGGCCCUGGAUUGCCCCUUCCUCCCCCAUCGCCCGCCCCCAGAACCCCUGAUGCUGGUUAGGAACCGCUCACCCCAACAUGUGUCUUAAGGCAGGACGACUUGGAAAAAAAGGCGGCGGACAGUUGGCCAGAGGGAUGGAGACUGGUGGGGACGCCCCCGCCUGCCUGUCCCCCGUUACACACACUGGACACCAUCACCUCUUUGGAACUGCCAGACCCUGGGGGUCCCCAGUGAGCAAAGGUCUGUCCUUGUCCCUUUGUCUGUCUGUGAAUAAAUGUGAGUUCGUGAAA